CAAUUUAAAUGUCCCACUAACCAACCAAUCAGCGCUAAGUACUAUCCUCCCCUGUACAGCUUGACCAAUGAGCGACGAGUAUUGCCCGCCUCUCCCCCCAACAGCGUCAUUUAAACCGUUGGUCAUCGCUCCGUUUGAACACUUGUUACUUCUUUUAACAAGUUCUCCGACGUGUGAGGAUAUUUACCAGACUACAGUAAGAUGGCGUUAAGGACGACCCUUCACACCAGCCAGAUGGGUCCAGAUAAUGUUCUCAAGAAGGUGGAGACCAAGCUGAUCCAGGGACCAGUGCUGCACCGGCCAGCGCUUGGAGAAGUUGGUAACUGUGCUAUAUCGCUCCGUGGAUCCAAGGCUCCUUUGAAACUUUCAGAAAUCACUAAGAGGCCCUCUAUUGUUCCUAAAUUAAGACAAAGUGACAAAGAAAAUGCGAAAAAAUCGAGGGAUCCUGUGGAGAAUGUGGAGGAGCAAAUGGAUGUGGAGGAAGUUGCCAAGGUAAAAGAGUUGUCCAUUGCCUUUUCUACACAAUGCCUUGGUGUUGAAGACAUAGAUGCUGAAGACGGAAGAAAUCCUCAGUUGGUGUCAGAAUAUGUGAAAGACAUUUAUAAACACUUACGCCUGCUGGAGGAGGGAAAUAAAGUACGUCGUCACUACCUGGAUGGUCAGCAGAUUACAGGGAGGAUGAGAAGCAUCCUUAUUGACUGGUUGGUUCAGGUUCACAUACGCUUCACACUUCUUCAAGAAACACUCUACCUUACUGUGACAAUCAUUGACAGGUAUCUCCAGAGUGAGAGGAAUUUGCCUCGCACUAAGCUGCAGUUGGUGGGCGUGACGGCCAUGUUUAUAGCCAGCAAGUACGAAGAAAUGUACUGUCCAGAAAUUGGAGAUUUUGCUUACAUUACAGACAAAGCAUAUUCAAAGGCUGAGAUUCGCCAAAUGGAAGUGGCCAUUUUGAAGAAGCUCGAUUUCAACGUAUCAUACCCACUACCUCUACACUUCCUUAGAAGAAACAGCAAGGCUGGAUCAGUUGAUUCAGCACAACAUUCCCUAGCCAAGUAUUUGAUGGAGCUGUGCUUGCCUGAGUAUUCCAUGUGCCAUUAUAAACCAUCAAUGAUAGCUGGUGCUGCUCUCUGGCUCUCACUCAGAGUUUUAGAUGGUUCACCUUGGAAUGAGACAUUGGUGUAUUACUCCUGUUACACUGAACAAGAACUUAUGCCUGUUGUCUGCAAGAUAGCUGCUCUAGUUAUCAAGAGUGUCAAUGCUAAGCAACAGUCGGUGAGACAGAAGUACAAGGCCAGUAAACACAUGAAGAUCAGUGACAUUCCCCAGCUGAAGUCUAGGAUUGUGACCAAGCUAGCGGAGAAGGGGUCUCUCCUGUAGAGAGAUCUGAUGCUAGUCAUACUGAAUCUGCUUUUGUACAGAAGAAUAAUGUGUGCUGGUAUAUGUUUGUACAAACUAGGUUAAGAUGCCAGUCACAGUCUCUUCUCUUAUUGUGAUACUCGUAUAUUCUCUGUACUGUAUAUAGAUAUAUAUAAAUAUAUGAAUAUAUUUUUUUUAUCCUCAGAUUAAAAUGUAAAUUAGGAUCUAUGAGCAUAUUAGUGGAAUCAAGGCUCUGAAUCACCUUGGCUUGUGCGACUAUUUUGUUGCACGUCUUCAGUUUUAUUUCAAUAACCGUACUGUAUCUAUUAAUUUAGGAAAUAUUGGCUAAUAUGGUAAUAUUUCCUUUUUUAGUGCACUGGUUUAUUUCAGUCAUAUAUGAGCAUGUUAGAAAUAAUAAGUACAGCAUAUGUUUCUCAUAACCAUUCAAGAAAAUGGAAGAUGAAAAAUUUGUAAGCUUUGAAUUUUGAACCAUUUCCUGCACUGUACCAUACUGUACUGUCAUUGUAUCCCAGUACACCAGUUACACGAUUGUAUAAAGGUCAAAUAUUACAUUAUUAUGUGGAGUUAUGAGAAAUUACUAAAAAUAUAAAUAUCCUUCUUUCAAUAAAAUCUCUGCAGUCCAAAGUUAGUUUUUCACAAGGAAUAAAUUUCACAAUUAGAAAUGCCAACCAAUGUUAAUUUGCAGUAUGGAAGAUUAGUUCCAAAUGCAUCAGUAGAAAAUAAUCUUCACCUUUAUCACUUGGUUAUGAUAUAUUUUUUCUUGGAAAAUGACUAUUUUAGAUUGCUUUAGUCUCAAAGGUUUCUACUUAUGAUUUUAAACAGAAUAUCUUAUGUUGCCAGGCUUACUGGAUAUACUGUACUGUAUAUAUGAUGUGGAAGAGGGUUUUACAUGUUCUCUAAGUUGUGUUAAACAUAUUAAUCAAGCUCAGCUGUUCCUUUUAAAGAGUUGAAACCUAUGAGACAAUUCUUUCUUACCAUUAUUUUAUGGGACUGGUUUUUAUAUUGCUGUGUCUCUAUACUGUUGAAACCUAUUGUACCAUACUGUACUAUUCCUAUAUGAACAAAAGUAAAGCUGUUCCAAUUAUUUUUUUUUUUUUACAAUAUGCUGGGUACAACUGCCAUGCUCAGGGUAUUUGCUGUUUUUAUUAGUUAUUUGGUGGUAAAUACCUGGUGCAAGGUGCCUGUGCUGUAUAUGUUUUAUUGAUGUACAGUGUUUGCACUUGUAAAAUUUUUAAGUUUCAUUUUGUAUAUUUUAAGUUUGUGGGGCUUAUUUGAGUACAUGUACAGUACUUAAAUAUGAAACCUGAGCCUUUCACUUUUAUCACUACAGUAACUUGGUUUCCAAUUGUUUGAUUCUUUUUGCAAGACUAUACAUACUGUACUGUACUGUAUAGGCUAUAGGGCAUAACCCAGUCUGAAGUAACUGUGAAAUGACGAAGAUCUUGUUUGAUUAGCAAUAUGUGAAAAGUGCUGAUGCCCUUUUUUAGGAAAUAUUCCAUUAGUUGGUUGGUAAUUCACAUUAUACAGUACAGUAUAGUGAAAAUUAUAAAUAUAGGUAGAUAGAGGUAAAUAUGAUACUGUAUUCCAAGAAUCAAUGUUAAAUAAAAUGAAAAUUGUC